GACAAACGCCUCGCUGUGUGACGUCACCUGUGAACUGUGCUGCCUGGUGACACAUGUGCAGCUGUGGCUUUGAGCAGCUUCCUGUGCUGAGGGGGUGGGGGGGACUGGUGACAGCGAGCAAAACAUGAAAAUGGGGGCCUGAAGCAGAGACCAUAUAGCGCCUUUGUGCUCGGGCAGACAAGUGGUACCUGAAAGUGGGCUGAGGACGGAAGGACUGGCUGGCUGGCUGGCACACCGUAAGGGGCACGUCACCCACUGGCACUCUGCUGCUGCUGCUGUAGUUAAAUCCUUCCUCGGUAGACCCCCUUUGAUGACUUCCAGCUCCUUUGAACUUUUCCGUUCUUUGCUUUCAUUUCCUUCUCCCUGUGUGGCACUGCCAGGUGCUGAUGGCACCACCACUUCUGUUAGUAUUGGGGUUUGGACUGGGGGGCUGUUUUAAUGUUUAAUAUGGCAUCACCCCCGAGUUGCCCUCACAUUGGUAACAAGCAGUAAGGAGCCUACGGUGGGCUUCCAUCAGGGGGCAGAAUCAGCGGUGCAGCCAGAAAUUAAUUUUAGGGGGGCCACAAGAAAGUACAUCAAUCAUAAUUAGUGGGACAGGCGAAAUGUAUGUAAGGGGGGAGCCCACCAACAGGUGCACCUGGGGGGCAAAAUUCACAGUCCCCUCAUCCAGCAGAGGGCAGCAGAGAACUCGUGGGAGAAACAGUAAUGGUGGACCCCCUUUUAGAUGUGUUGGGGGGGGCUUGAAAACCAGUGGUGCAGCUAGGAGGACAGAGCUGGGGGUCUGCGGUGGCCACGUGGUUGUUGCUUGUUAAUGUCUGCCAAGUUGACAUUGGAAUGAAAAAGUUAAAGGAGUUCGCGGCUCGUAAAGUCAUUACGACCUCCUGUGUUUGGCUCAGCGGACCCCACAGAUGGCGCGCAGUGGGACUGUGACAGCUGUGGUGGUGAUGAUGAUGAUGAUGAUGAUGAUGAUGAUGAUGAUGACCAAGUAUUAGCCAUCUCCUAUUGUCCUGUGCACAGAGCGCAGUGAAUCUCUGACAUGGUGGGCUAAUGGAGGAGCAGCGAACUGAGCAGAGCCCACUGAGCACCGCCGGAUCAAGAAGAGCCGAGUUGUGGGUUCAGGCACAGUAAGGACCCCGUAAAUCAGUCAUAUAGUGCCUUUCACGUACCGCCCCUCGCUCGGUUUUUCGUAUCUGUCACUGUCAUGGCACCCGCGUGUGAGGCGCUCAGUGGAUUCUGUCCCUGGUCGUUUAUAUAGCGCCUUUCGUUCACACUGCGUAUCCAUUAAUGGCAGCAGCACCUCUCAGAUCCUCUGAUUAUAUAGCGCCUUUCAUAGCCGUCGCUGAGCACGCGCUGUCAGAGAGCUGGUGACGUGUUACGUGUUGAUGAGCACAUGCAUGUCGGAAGGGACACACAGCCACCUUCAUGCCCAAGUCGUGGCACUCGAGACGUGUCGCGUGGUCAUCAGCAGUCACACGAAGGACACUUUCAGUCAAAGCAGUUCGCGUAAUCUACAGAGAAUUCAGCGCUUGCACUAAAUAUACGUACAUUGAAUGAAGAGCAUUUUCAUUCUUUUAAAUAUUUCUAGUUUAUUUUUUAUAUCUUUAUGUAAAAAUUCCGUAUAUUUCUCUUGGCACAGCAGGUCCUCGCGGACACAGUCUGGUGGUCUCCUUCAUGUUGGCUCCUCGCUUGGCAGCCGACCCGCGUCUGCACUUCACUGUGGCCCUGCAUGGCUCUUACAACCGGGGACGCCAAAAGGAGCACAAAUGUGUCACAAAUCUGCCAGCACAUCACGACUGCAAAAAAAUUAAUAAAAAUAAAAAUAAAAAUAAUAAUAAUAAUAAAGGUGCAGGGGUCUCCAGGUGUGGACCUCCAAGUGAGGACCUCCAGGCACCCCAAAAUAAGAAAGAAAGAAGGAAAGAGAAAGAAACGACAUGUGCCACCUUUCAUAAUCCACAUUAUACAAACGGGGUUAAUUCUCCUUUUACACCAAUACAUCUGAUUGUGAUUCUAAUUAAUACAUGCGAAUACAUAAAGCAAUAGCAUAUAGCGCCUUUCAAAGUUAUCAUUAUCCUAUGCAUCAUAUGAUGGUUAUGGUAAAGUAAAAAACAGUAGAAACGCAUAGCAUAAAAGUAUGUUAAAUACUUAGACUAGAAAGAAAGAAAGAAAGAAAGAAAGAAAGAAAGAAAGAAAGAAAGAAAGAAAGAAAUCGCCCGAGUGCAACUGAGUCCGGUACUCGUGAAUGAUGUGCAGCUGCUCCGCCCUUGUAUUUAUUUAUAUGUUUGUUUUUAUUGAUUGAUUGAUUGAUUGAUUGAUGUAUUCGAUGUUGGUAUUUCUCGUUACCCGCUCUAUAAAUCCCACGUAUUCCCGACCACGACUGGCUAGCGAGCGGCGAGAGGCGCCCGCUGAGUGUCCCAUUGAUGUCCACGUGGCGGCUGCGCCUUUUUUAGUUCGAUGGUCGUAUUUUAUAAAACUUCAGCCCUUAAAGUGAAUCGGCCUUCCCGUUUUCAACUUGGAUAUUUUUUCAAAACCUGCCGUUAUCCACAAUUCAUCAACAUUUAAAGACGCGCAUCCGAAUGUUGGAAAUUCUGAGUGGAGAGAGCAACUACAAUUGCGAUCCAGAUUACAUAAACUAGGACAUUUUAUGGAUUUUUGUUUUCUUAUAUUCUCCUUAGUAAACAUUUGGAAUGAAAAAGGAGAAAAUAAAACACGUGGCUGCGAGUCAGCAAGUCUACGAAUUUCUGUGCAAAUCGAGAACCACGGAGGUGACCGUCACGGCUUAGAUGGCGCCCGCCUCUGUUGUGCUGUCCCAGCCGCUGACUAGCUGGCCUUACGUGAGGACAACAGUUAACGGUCUUGGGCUGCAAAGAAGUCGACUCGCUGAACGUCAGACACGCAGCAGACCAAACCGACUGAGGCGCCGGUGCGGGAGCCGACAGGGACAGCAUCGGGCACAGGGCAGGAGCACAAGGGCGGAACACCGCGCACGCGCACCUUCUGCUCUAUGAAUGCGACUGUGCGCUACACACUUAAACGAGACAUGUAUGUAACACACGCACACACACACACACACACACACACAUGUGUAUUAUUUGUAUUUAUUUUUUGUGAUAAAGCGCCCAGUGUUGUUGGUGUGACUGUGGUGCCCGCACACAAACCUGCAUUUUCAGCAGCCGCUCACGGUGACCUCAGUGGCACACUAAACCUGCCAGUGAAAAGCUUUUCUAGGCGUGUGUAAGUGAGCACAUUAUUAUUAUUAUUAUUAUUAUUAUUAUUAUUAUUAUUAUUCUUUUGUCUGUAUAUUUCUACUGUUAGAAUUCCCAAACACAAGAGCUCCAUCCUUGCUGAUUUUCUCAGUUCAGUCCUUUUGGGUCCUUCACCUUCCUCUCUCCAGUCCACUCUGCCACCCUCUUGGCAUCUUCAUUCUGAUGAACGUGUGCCAGGCCUCUCAUUUGUUGCCACAUCUCCACUUCGCCAAGUGUAUUGAAGCCGAUCUCAUCUUGACUCCCCCUUUCCUGACCCCCUAAUCAACACCAACACCAUCUUUUGUGACAAGACCACCCGCCUCCAGACCCCCGCUGGCGGGCUUCAAUCCACGCGGCCCAGGACAGGCUAAAUGGGACUCCCAGAAGACAUCGGCCGUGGUCUCCUCUCAUUUGCACGGUGCCAUCAAACAUUUGGGGCGCCAGCAGAACGCGAUGCUCUCAGUGAAGGGUGGUCCUCAAAAUGACACCAUCCGACGUGUUCCUGCACAGUGCCCCCCUUAGCACGCUUUACACAGGACUGAUGACACUGUAGGUUUAUAUUUCAGGAAUACUAAACUCACUGUCUGUGGUGGGAUGGCAUCCUGUCCGGAGUGAGUGGGGCCGCAUGGUGGGGCACAGGAUGGACAGAGUUAGAUGAAGAUGGGCUUGGAUGGUCAGGUGUCACCAAACCAGAGGAGGAAUUCAUUUGUGGACACAGUACAGGGUGGGGUAGAUGGCAAAUGACGAGAUCCCGAUCAUCCUGGCACAGUAGGCACAGGCACCAUCUGUGGAGAAGCAUGGGCAGUAACUGCAGUGCCCACCCCUUGAGUUAUGUAAAUAGCACCCUCCCAAGUCGGGGGGAUUCCAGAGCAUGUAUUUCAUAAAUGGUGCCCCUUAGGGUGCGGAGUGCAUGCCCCUUAACUGUCGUAACGGGGUCCCUUGGCUUUAUGGGUGAUGGUGCCCACCUAAUGAAGCACCUAAUGGCUCUGAGCUCAGUCCUAAAUCUGGAGCAGUCAUGGAGGUGGCAGCGAGUUCGAGUGCCCAGCAGGCAGCGCCGCUGCUGCCCACACGUUAACUCUUAAGUUCUUUGCUGAUUAUUUUCUUAAAUUGACAGUUAGAAUGAAUUUUGCCGGCUGUUCAGAUCUGACAUCAGCUUCAUACCAAUGCCAAUCACAAGCCUGUAAAAUGAAUAAUGUGACCCGUUGCAUGGUGACUGGCGGUCAGCAGAUGUCGAUGGCGCAGGACGUUGGUGAACUCGUCAGCUCACGACAGCUGGCACUUGUAGCUGACUGGCAUCUCUGCCAGUCAGACCCCGAGGACAGCAGGCAGGAGACGAGCUGGUGGGAUCGGUUUGAAGCAAAGCUGCGGUUUGAUAAUUUCAGAACUUCAAGAGCCUCUCGGAAAAAUAUGUGGUUGAGAGAAGACAUUUCAGAAAAUCUGGGUGGGCUUCCUUUUAUCUUUUUUUAAUACUUUAUUUUAUUUCUCUCUAAAAAGUUUGAACCUGCAAGCCUUAAGUGUAAGAAGUGGCACAGUCAAUGACCACCCAAGCCUGGCACUGCCAGCUUACAGUGACGGUGGCACUGCAGUCCCACUCUCAGUCACAUGUAGGUGUGUGAAAAAAACUGAUUAGCAUAAAAUAAUCACAGACUCACUCAAAGCCACGCCCUUAAACAUUUACCCACAAUGCUUGUUCACUGUGCCCGUGCUAAUGUAUGCACAGAUUGCAAUCUCACCGUCCAAUCGAUGCCCAGCGUCAGAAUGUUUCCGAUGACACACAAGCACGAGAGAACAUAGUUGGCGUGAGAGGAGCGAAUGUGAGGAGGUCUCUGAGUGCCCACUUUAAGCAGGUUGAGAGUCCAGACGGUGAACGGGAGAAGUUCCUCAGAGAGGUGUGGACAGGGACAGCACAAUGCAGGACCCAGCGGCCGACUUGCCCUUCUUCUUUGGUUGCAUCACCCGCCACGAAGCAGAAGAUGAGCUCAAGCUGGCUGGCAUGACAGAUGGCCUCUUCCUUCUGCGCCAGUGUCUGCGGAGCUUAGGCGGCUAUGUCCUCUCCUUGGUGUUCGAUCUCCAUUUCCACCACUACCCCAUUGAGAGGCACAUGAAUGGCACAUACGCCAUAUCGGGGGGCAAAGCCCACUGCGGACCCGGAGAACUGUGCGAAUUCUACUCGCGUGACCCUGAUGGCCUGGUCUGCACCCUCAGGAAGCCCUGCCUGCGCCCCAGUGGCACACAACCCAAGCCAGGUGUCUUUGACAAUCUCCGGGAGAACAUGAUGCGGGAAUACGUGCGGCAAACCUGGAACCUGGAGGGAGAUGCGGUGGAGCAGGCCAUCAUCAGCCAGGCCCCUCAGCUGGAGAAGCUCAUCGCCACCACAGCUCACGAGAAGAUGCCCUGGUACCACGGCGCCAUUUCACGGGAGGAGGGCGAGAGGCGACUCUACGCUGGCAUGUUGCCUGAUGGCAAAUUUCUCAUUCGUGACCGCAGGGAGGUGGGCACGUUUGCGCUCUCCAUGAUAUACGGCAAGUCGAUGUACCACUACCAGAUCAUCCUGGACAAGUCGGGGAAGUUGUCGAUGCCGGAGGGGACCAAGUUUGACACCGUGUGGCAGCUGGUCGAGUAUCUGAAGAUCAAGCCUGAUGGCCUGGUGCACACACUCAAGGAGCCCUGCGUGAAUCCCAAUCAGUCCUUCGUUGGUCCUGCGCCGGCGCCCCCCUCUGGUGCUAGGAAGCUCGGUGCCAAUGGCUACACCCCUCCUCCUAAAGCAAUCGACAUUCCUGAUGGACAACGGCCAAUGCUGCCCAUGGACGCCACCGUGUAUGAGAGCCCCUACAGCGACCCCGAGGAGCUCAAAGACAAGAAGCUCUUCCUGAAGAGGGAGCAACUGAUGAUCUGUGAGGAGGAGCUGGGCUCAGGCAACUUCGGCUGCGUUAAGAAGGGGGUCUACAAGAUGAGACGGAAACAAAUCGACGUGGCCAUAAAGGUACUGAAAAGUGAGAAUGAGAAGGGGGUCAAAGAGGAGAUGAUGAAGGAGGCCGAGAUCAUGCACCAGCUGGACAACCCCUACAUUGUCCGAAUGAUUGGCAUCUGCCAGGCUGAGAGCCUCAUGCUGGUCAUGGAGAUGGCAAAGGACGGCCCACUUAACAAAUUUCUCUCAAGUAAAAAAGAGGAGAUCCCAGUCGAGAACAUCGUGGAGCUCAUGCACCAGGUCUCCAUGGGCAUGCUGUACUUGGAGCAGAAGAAUUUUGUCCACCGUGAUCUGGCCGCCCGCAACGUGCUGCUGGUACACCAGCAUUAUGCCAAGAUUAGCGACUUCGGCCUGUCCAAGGCGCUGGGCGCAGACGACAACUACUACAAGGCUCGCAGCGCCGGGAAGUGGCCGCUCAAGUGGUAUGCGCCCGAGUGCAUCAACUUCCACAAGUUCUCCAGUAAGAGCGACGUCUGGAGCUUUGGGGUCACCAUGUGGGAGGCCUUCAGUUACGGGCAGAAGCCGUACAAGAAAAUGAAAGGCCCAGAGGUGAUGCAGUUCAUUGAAUCGGGGAGCCGCCUGGACUGCCCAUCAGUGUGCCCACCAGAGAUGUACAGCCUCAUGAAGGCGUGCUGGACCUUCAAACACGAGGACCGCCCCGGGUUUGUGGACGUCGAGUCCUGCAUGCGGACCUACCAUUACUCCAUCUCCAAAAAAGCCAACGCAGAAAAGAUGGCAGAAGAGCAAAAGUUGGCUUAGUGAACCGCAAUCCUCGCCUUGACCGCCAGGUGGACCCCCGUCAGUCCACCGCCAAACCUUCAAGCUUGCUGGCAUCUGGGAACCCAGGAUGAAAGAACAGACAAAGCAAAGUGACACAAAUGAGUGAUGUGAGCCACUGAGGGACAACGGGUUUUAGGGACCACCUUGAGCCUAUGGGGGUGUGCAGACAGAGCCCAUGAAAAUGUGACAACCACUGAAUGCCAACCUCAGACUGUCAUCACGACCAGAACUGUUAGAAGAGGGCCACACACUCAGGCUCACACAGCGGGCACUGGUCUGCUAGGCCACACUUCAUGGAGAAGACCCCCACCAUGAUACACACACAAGGACCCUCAGAGUGUGAACGGCGUGAGGCAAAGUGAGCAGAGCCAUAGAUGUGGGAGUGAGACGGUGUGUCCGAGAGGGGGCAUGUGUGAGAUGUGAGGGCGGGUGAGGGUGCAUGGAGAAGAGGGCACACGUGUGAGAGGGUCCGUGUGUGUGUGCGCUCUCAGUGAACUCCCAAAGUCUUUGGGCAGUCAAACCUCAGGACUGCCAGCCGGCACAGCAGCCGUGGGGGUGGGGCUGCAGAAUGCCCACCAGAGCUGGAGUCCACUGCCAUUUGUAGGGCAAUAAGGGCUCAGGAAUGACCACCUAUGCCAGAUAUAGUGCCCUGCCACCAUAACAAAGUGCAUGCUGCCAGGACUGACUGACUGAGUAAACAAGAUGAUAACAUUGGCUAGUGUCCAACAAGUAUGCCAGUUCCUGUGGUGCCCGUGCACGCAGCAGUGUGCCAACAGUGAUGAGGUCCUCCACACUUUCCUGUUUCCAUGUCCCAUACCACUUGGCUUCACCUGUCCCUUGCCUGGUCCCUGAGCGCUUGACCUCCACUGUGCUUGUUGCCUCUUGGGGUCUCCCAGCCCACCGUCUCAUAGCACUGAUAGCAGAAGGACAGUGGGAGAGACUGCCACCCGAGGUCAGAUGCUCCUCCAGUACACUAGGUGGCAGUGUCCCUCACACAGUGUGGUCACCUGCAUGGCUGCUUGGGAGUUGUAGUUGUGAUGGGCAGCACUGUUGGGGUCCUUCAGAGCCCCUAGCAGGAGGCUCCCAAGUUCUUCUGUUAUUGAGAAGUACCCUCACCAAACCCGACAUAGAUGCCAGCCCAUCCAUGCCCCUUGUUCCAGGUGCCCUUACCCAGUGGGGGGUCCAUGUGAUCCUCUUGUCGUCAGUGCACAGGUAAAUGUGAAGCUGAGCCUCCAUCUUGUACGCUUUGGCACGCCUCACUGAGUAGUCAUAGCUCUGCAUUGGCAGUAAGGUGCCAUAUGCCAGCAGGGUGGCUCCAUCCGGGCUCUUCAUCUCAUAUGAGUGAAUGCUUUCUCUGAUUAAUGCCAGCCUUCAGCAUCUCAAGCCUCAAUGCCACUGUGGAACCUCAUCAGGCAGAGUCACAGGAGGGAUGAGUACAUGGAGCAGAUGAGUGUCACCACUGUCCUCCUACUCUAUGGCUCUGGUCACUACUGUCACACGCCGAGGUGGCUCACAUUUCCAGCUUGUUGUGUCCCCCUGCCAACACGGGCCGUCGCUACCCCAUGAAUGCCUGACUGUAACGCUUGCUUGAGUUAAACAAUAAAAGCAACGGGCGAACCGA